GGCAACUCCUGGAUGUGGACGACCCCGGGCGGAGACUGCAAGACUUUCCAGGGCCCGAGCUGCCCGGCCACCUGCGGCAAGGUUCUCCCUGACGGGAAGAGAGCGGUGGUCGGCUACGAGGACGGCACCGUGCGCGUCUGGGACCUGAAGCAGGGCAGCUCGAUCCACGUCCUCAAAGGCCCGGACGGGCACCAGGGCCCCCUGACGUGUGUGGCCAGCAGUAAGGACGGCAGCCUGGUCCUGACGGGCUCUGUGGACUGCCAGGCGAAGCUGGUGAACGCCGCCACCGGCAAGGUGGUGUGCGUGUUCCAGGAGGGGAGCGCCGCCCCGCAGACCCCAGCCGGGGGGACCGAGGAGCCUGAGUCCAACUCCGUGGAGUCGCUGGGCUUCUGCAAUGUGAUGCCACUGGCUGCCGUGGGCUACCUGGACGGGACACUGGCCAUCUACGACCUCUCCACGCAGAGCCUGCGGCACAAGUGCCAGCACGAGUCGGGCAUCGUGCAGCUGCUGUGGGAGGAGAGCGCGGCCGUGGUGUACACCUGCAGCCUGGACGGCAUCGUGCGGCUCUGGGACGCCCGCUCCGGCAAGCUGCUCAGCGAGUACCGGGGCCACAGUGCUGAGAUCCUCGACUUUGCCCUCAAUAAGGAUGCCUCCAUCGUGGUGACGACGUCAGGCGACCACCAAGCCAAAGUGUUCUGCGUGCAGCGCCCUGACCGCUAGCCGGGGAGUGGGAGCAGUGCAUCGUGGGGGAGCGGGUUUUGUAUCAGAGGACUUUUAAAUGAUAUAAAUUAUUUCCCAUA